GCGAGCGCGGCGCUGUGGUCCCCGCGGGCUGGCUGUGUGCACGCGAGUGUGUGCACCCGUGUGCGGGGUUCACUGGGGUGCUCUGGGAGGUCCGUGCACCCAUGGGGUUCCGGGUAUGCCGUGACCGCAGCUCCCCAGGAGCCCCCUGCCCGCCCCCACCAGGCGGGCAGUGGAAGUGGCCGGGCCCCUGGGCGCGCCAUGCGCGGCACCACGCUCCUGGCGUUGCUGGCACUGGUCCUGCUCUACUUGGUGUCCGGUGCCCUGGUGUUCCGGGCCCUGGAGCAGCCCCACGAGCAGCAGGCCCAGAGGGAGCUGAGGGAGGUCCGUGAGAAGUUCCUGAGAACCUACCCAUGUGUGAAUGACCAGGAGCUGGGGAACUUCAUCAAGGAGGUGGCUGACGCACUGGGAGGGGGUGCGGAUCCAGAAACCAACUCAACCAGUAACAGCAGCCGCUCAGCCUGGGAUCUGGGCAGCGCCUUCUUUUUCUCCGGCACUAUCAUCACCACUAUCGGCUAUGGCAACGCGGCCCUGCGCACCGACGCGGGGCGCCUCUUCUGCAUCUUUUACGCGCUUGUGGGGAUCCCGCUGUUUGGGAUCCUGCUGGCGGGGGUCGGGGACCGGUUGGGCUCCUCCCUGCGCCGCGGCAUCGGUCACAUCGAAGCCAUCUUCCUGAAGUGGCACGUGCCACCGGAGCUGGUGCGAAUGCUAUCGGCGGUGCUCUUCCUGCUGGUCGGCUGCCUGCUCUUUGUCCUCACGCCCAUGUUCGUGUUCUGCUACGUGGAAGGCUGGAGCAAGCUGGAGGCCAUCUAUUUUGUCAUAGUGACGCUCACCACCGUGGGCUUCGGCGACUACGUGGCCGGCGCCGACCCCAAUCACGACUCUCCAGCCUACCAGCCGCUGGUGUGGUUCUGGAUCCUGCUCGGCCUGGCCUACUUCGCUUCGGUGCUCACCACCAUCGGGAACUGGCUGCGAGUCGUGUCCCGUCGCACUCGGGCGGAGAUGGGCGGUCUCACGGCGCAAGCCGCCAGCUGGACUGGCACGGUGACAGCGCGGGUGACCCAACGAGCCGGGCCCCCGGCACCGCCGCCCGAGAAGGAGAAGCCGCCUUUGCCUCCGCCGCGGUCCUCAGCGCAGCCCGCCAGCCAGUCCCGACCCCCUACGCCCCCCCAAAAGUCCGAGCCACCCUCUCCGCCCACGGCCUCCGCCCUGGAUUACCCCAGCGAGAAUCUGGCCUUCAUCGACGAGUCCUCGGACACACAGAGCGAGCGCGAGCGCGGCUGCGCGCUGCCCCGUGCCCCCCGGGGCCGCCGCCGCCCCAAUCCCCCCAGGAAGCCCGCGCGGCCCCGGGGCCCCGGGCGUCCCCGGGACAAAAGCGAGCCCGUGUAGGGGCAGGACCCCCGGGCCGGGCCAAUCCAAAGGGCCUCAUUCCUGCUGUCCCCCUGGCAUGCCCAGCUUGUUUGACCAAAGACCCCUCUUCUCCACGGGACUGAGACCUUGGAGAGGAGGCUAUGGUUGCCUGUCCGUCACUCCCCCCACCCUCCCACAUCCAUCCCUUUCCAGACCCCCAAGGUUUUCUGUUUUGCUGCCCCAGGCCGCCGGGCCUGUCCCUCACAACGCCUCACAACUGUGCCUCAAAGCCUGGAUCAAUAAACAAAAAAAUUAGGUACCGCUGCAGACGUGCGCUCUAGGGGGACGCGAGUGAGGUUGGGCUGCUUGCGUCAGGCCAUCGCGGGGACGCGCCAAGCCACCCGUGACCCCCAGACUGAGGUCCUUUGGGGACCAACGUCCGACACGGCGCGGCCCCCAUCCGCUUUGCUCAAGUCCGGGUCUCGGUUCUGGAGGCUGCAGGGUAGGGACCCCUUCGGAAUCUGCCAAGAUCGGCUGUACACUUCCAA